GACAAGCUGACAGCUGAUGUUGUAGCAGCCCGUGAAAUCAAACACAAACUGUACUUUUGUUUACAAUCUUACGCAUCAACAAAAUCCCAUCUUUUGCUGUAUUAUCGAGAUUACACGAUGUCGGGGCUGGAAUCGUACGUCAACAAUACGGUAUCGAUAAUUACCGCCGAUGGGCGCAACUUUGUCGGCACGCUGAAGGGCUUCGACCAGACCGUAAACGUAAUCCUGGACGAAUCACACGAGCGUGUAUAUUCGAUGACCGCCGGUAUCGAGCAAGUCGUAUUGGGGUUACACAUUAUCCGUGGCGACAAUAUUGCCAUCAUCGGUCAGCUGGAUGAGAGUGUCGACAGCAAGCUAGACUUUACCGCCAUACGCGGCAUGCCAUUGGAACCGGUAGUGCACUAGGCACCUGACCCGCCCGGGGCAUGCGUCUCAUCUUUGGUAAUGCAGCGUGUUCCAACCAAAUCGAUUGAUUGUUAGACUAUGUAUAACACUAGGAAUGCAAAAUGUAAUGUUAAGAAGAAAAAGGUAUAAUUGUACCUUUGCAGCACGAAACUGCAGAAAAAUAAAUCACUUCAAUUAAGUGAGCUACUUAUGGUGUGAAAUAAAGUUAUAAUAAGUCCUUAACAACAUGC